CCAAGCUUACUAGAAGUCAAUGUUGCCAAACACUCCUAUGCCGAAAGCUCUCAUGGAUCUUCUCCACCCUGAAUGGAUUGACGAGAAGAGCACUUCAGUGACCAUAGGGAAGGGCGGUGUAAAUGUUGACUUGGCAGGCGGAGGCAGUGGAAGCAAUUCAGGUUACAACUAUGCUACCGAGGAUCAAGUACUUCAUGACAACCGCAACAUAGCUGUUUACUUUUUGGAAAAUGACAUAAAGACCGGCAUGAAGAUGAAGUUGCGCUUCACAAAAAGCACGAAUCCAGCUACAUUCCUACCUCGUCAGGUUGCAGAAUCAACCCCCUUCACUUCCAACAAGAUGCAAGAAAUCUUGAAUCACUUUUCGGUGAAACCCAACUCGGUGGAGGCUGAAAUAAUGAAGAAAACAAUCAAAAGGUGCGAGGUGCCUGCAAUGAAAGGAGAGGAGAAAGAAACUCAAGUCCAAAAAUAUAGCAUUGCAGGAGCAGAAAAGAUGGUGGGUGAGAAAGCAGUGGUGUGCCAUGCGCAAAACUAUGCUUAUGCAGUGUUUUACUGCCACAAAUUACAAAAAACCAAAGCAUACAUGGUUUCUUUGGUGGGUGCAGAUGGUACAAAAGCUAAAGCAGUAGCAGUGUGCCACACUGAUACAUCACAAUGGAACCCCAACCAUUUGGCCUUCCAAUUGCUCAACCUUAAACCGGGGAAGACUGUUCCUAUCUGCCAUUAUUUCCUUCAGGAGGAUCAAAUUGUCUGGUUUGCUACCUAGAAUUCGAUCUUAGCUCCGUCCAGUACUAUU